AUGACAAAAACAAAUCAAGCCUCCGUUCUUCACGGCGUCGGUGACCUUCGCAUUGAUGAGCGCCCCGUUCCCAGUCCGGCGUCGGACGAGGUGCGUGUUGCGAUGCGUUCUGUCGGCAUUUGCGGCUCGGAUGUCCACUACCUUGAGCACGGACGCAUCGGCAGUUUCGUCGUCGAGGCGCCCAUGAUACUGGGUCACGAAUCAUCGGGCAUCGUGGAAGCGGUGGGCGGUGGGGUUACGUCUUUCAGCCCUGGCGAUCGGGUGGCUCUCGAACCGGGUGUACCGUGCCGGCGAUGCGUCCCUUGCAAAUCGGGCCGCUACAAUCUCUGCGCUGACGUGCAGUUCUUUGCCACACCGCCUGUCGAUGGCUCGAUGGCAACCUACGUCACGCAUCCUGCCGACUUCUGCUACAAGCUUCCAGAACACGUGUCGUUGGAUGAAGGCGCCAUGAUGGAGCCCCUUUCGGUCGGCAUUCACGCCUGCGGCCGCGGCAAAGUCGGCAUGGGCAGUCGUGUGUUGGUGAUGGGCGCAGGGCCGAUAGGGCUCGUCACCGUACUGGCGGCGCGAGCAGCCGGGGCCUCCUAUAUCGCCCUGGCCGACCCGCGGGCGGAACGGUUGGGUCUGGCUCAGCAAGUGGGGGUCGAUUAUGCCACCAGCGCGGUCGGGCCGACGCUGGCACCUGAUCUGGCGGACCGCGCCGGCGGCAUGUUCGACGUGUCGGUUGACUGCUCGGGCGCCGAGGCCGCGGUGCGUGCGGCGAUGACCGCCACCCGGUCGGGCGGCAAGGUGGUUCUGGUGGGUCUGGGCCCUGACGAGAUGACCUUGCCGAUCGUCGAGUCCGCCACCCGGGAGGUCGACCUGUUGGGCAUCUUCAGGUACGCCAACGCCUAUCCGGCGGCGCUUGAACUGAUCGCCUCGGGUCAGGUGAACGUCAAGCCGCUUGUCACCCAUCGUUUUCCCAUGAGGCAGGUAAGCGAGGCGUUCGACAUGGCCAAAACGGGGCGUGACGGCGCGGUCAAGGUCAUGGUGACCAUCUCAUGA